AUGUCCUCUCCAGUGAUCGGUAUCACCUUCGGUAACACCUCAUCUUCCAUCGCUUACAUCAACCCAAAGAAUGACGUAGACGUUAUUGCCAACCCAGAUGGUGAGCGUGCCAUUCCAUCUGCUUUGUCCUACGUCGGUGAGGAUGAAUAUCACGGUGGUCAAGCUUUGCAACAAUUGAUCAGAAACCCUAAGAACACCAUCAUCAACUUCCGUGACUUCAUUGGUUUACCAUUCGAUAAAUGUGACAUUACCAAGUGCGCUAACGGAGCCCCAGCUGUUGAAAUUGACGGUAAAGCUGGGUUCAUUAUCUCAAGAGGUGAAGGUAAAGAAGAGAAACUUACUGUUGAUGAAGUUGUCUCCAGACAUUUGAACAGAUUGAAGUUGGCUGCUGAAGAUUACAUUGGCUCUACCGUCAAGGAAGCUGUGUUGACCGUCCCAACAAACUUUUCUGAAGAACAAAAGACUGCCUUAAAGGCUUCUGCCGGAAAGGUUGGCUUGAAGAUUGUUCAAUUCAUUAAUGAACCAUCUGCUGCUCUAUUGGCCCAUGCUGAACUAUUCCCAUUUGAAAAGGAUGUUAACGUAGUCGUUGCUGAUUUUGGUGGUAUUAGAUCCGAUGCUGCUGUUAUUGCCGUUCGUAACGGUAUCUUCACCAUCUUGUCUAGUGUCCACGACUUCAACUUAGGUGGUGACAACUUGGAUACUGAAUUGGUAGAAUACUUCGCCAAUGAAUUCCAAAAGAAGAAUCAAACUAACCCAAGAAAGAACGCUAGAUCUUUGGCCAAAUUAAAGGCUAACUCUUCCAUCACUAAAAAGACUUUAUCUAAUGCCACUUCAGCUACCAUUUCCAUUGAUUCUUUGGCUGACGGGUUUGAUUAUCACGCUUCUAUCAACAGAAUGAGAUACGAGUUAGUGGCUAACAAGGUUUUCGCUCAAUUCUCCUCUUUCAUUGAUUCUGCCAUUGCCAAAGCUGAAUUAGACCCAUUAGACAUCGAUGCUGUUCUUUUGACUGGUGGUGUAUCAUUCACUCCAAAGUUGACCACCAAUUUGGAAUACACAUUACCAGAAUCUGUUGAAAUUCUCGGUCCACAGAACAAGAACGCUUCUAACAAUCCAAACGAAUUAUCUGCAUCCGGUGCCGCUUUACAAGCCAGACUAGUCAGCGACUACGAUGCCGAUGAAUUAGCUGAAGCUUUACAACCAGUUAUCAUCAACACCCCACAUCUAAAGAAGGCCAUUGGUUUGGUCGGUGCCAAGGGUGAAUUCCAUCCAGUUUUGCUAGCUGAAACUUCCUACCCAGUACAAAAGAAAUUGACUUUGAAACAGGCGAAGGGUGACUUCUUGGUUGGUGUUUACGAAGGUGAACAUCACAUUGAGGAAAAAACUUUGGAACCAGCUCCAAAGGAAGAAAACGCUGAAGAAGACGAUGAAAGUGAAUGGUCCGACGACGAACCAGAAGUUGUCAGGGAAAAACUGUACACUCUGGGUACUAAAUUGAUGGAAUUAGGUAUCAAGAACGCCAACGGCGUUGAAAUCAUUUUCAACAUCAACAAAGACGGUGCGCUAAGAGUCACUGCUAGAGAUUUGAAGUCUGGCACUGCUGUUAAGGGUGAAUUAUAG